AUGAAUUUUAUUAUUAAACUUUUAUUUGAAAUACUAUUAAUAAUUGUUUUAAUCAAUGCUAAUAUUGAUCAAUCAAAUAUUAAAUUUAAUGAACUAUGUCAGUCUCUUCAUUGUAAUUCAUCAACAGAAAUAUGUCGUAUAAAUCCAAAAUGUAAUAAUACUAGUAAAAAUAAUCUAUUAUUAAAAUGUAUUUAUUGUGAUUUAAAAAAUCCAUUAACAUCUUCUCAACAAUUACCUUUAGCUCCUCGUUUAUUAGCUAAAUCAAGUGAAACAAAAAUUUUAAUACAAAAUCAUACUAUAAAAUUAAAUACAAUUAAUGAUGAAUCAUCUUAUGAUGAAUAUUAUGAUUAUGAAGAUGAUGAAAUAUUAGAUAAAAAUGAUUUAAAUGAAACAGAUGAUUAUAUUAAUGAUUAUAUUGAAUUAUUAGAUAUAAAUAAAAAUCGAACACAAACAAUACGUAAAUCUGGUAUUUGUCCAAAAAUAAAUAAAACUAUUAAUAAAUGUAAUAUAGAAAAAAUUCUUCAACCUGAUUGUCGAUUUGAUACAGAUUGUCCAGGAGAAUUAAAAUGUUGUGAAUCAAUAUGUGGAAAACGUAUUUGUAAUAUACCUAUUAAAACAAAAAUUUUUGUAUGUCCAACAUCAUUUCAAUGUACUCUUAAUUGUCCUCUUGGUUAUCAAACUGAUUCAAAUGGUUGUCUUAAAUGUGAAUGUCAAUCAUGUCCAUCAAUGGAUCAAUGUAAUAAACAUUGUCCAAGUGGUUAUUUAAAAGAUCUAUUCGGUUGUGAUCUAUGUGAAUGUAAUGAUCGAUGUCCACCAUUUUUUUGUAGUAUUCUUUGUCCAUCUGGUGUUGGUUUUGCACAAUCAGAAAAUGGUUGUCCAUUAUGUCAAUGUGCAAUACCAAGAUUAAAACCAAUUGAAUAUACAUCUUCAUGUCAAAAGGAUGUUCAUUGUCCACCAGGUUUCCGAUGUCUAACUGAUGUACACAAUGUACCUAUGUGUCAAGCAGUACCAACAUUUAACAUUGGUUGUCCUACUGAUUUAUCUACUACAUGUAAUCUUCAAUGUCCAAAUGGAAAUUAUUUACUUGAUGAAAAUGGAUGUUCAAUAUGUGCAUGUGCUUCAAAUGAAGGAAAACAAUUAAUAUCUUGUCCAGAAAUAAAAUGUCGUGCAAAUUGUGGUAAUAAUGGUUAUCAAUUAGAUGAAAAUGGUUGUCAAACAUGUAAAUGUAUAAUAAAAGAAAAUAUUCAAUGUUCACGUGUUAUGUGUCGUAUGUUUUGUCAAUAUGGUUUUAAACGUGAUGAAAAUGGAUGUGAAUAUUGUGCAUGUAAUGAAUUACCACAAGAAUGUCCAUUAUUAAAAUGUAUUCAAUCAUGUCCAAAUGGUUAUCGAAAAGAUUAUAGUGGUUGUCAAACAUGUGAAUGUAAUGAACAACAAGAAAAAAUUGAUAAUAAAUGUUUACCAUUAGAAUGUAAUUUAAAAUGUAAAUAUGGUUUACAACGUGAUGAAUUUGGUUGUAAAUUAUGUGCAUGUAAUCGUUGUUCAUUACGAACAUGUCGAAUGUUUUGUAUGUAUGGUUUUCGACGAAAUGAAGAUGGAUGUGAAAUUUGUGAAUGUGAUUGGACACCUGUAUCAGAUAAAAUUCAAUGUAGUGAAAGAACUCCUUGUCCUGGUACUCGUGUUUGUAAUAUGAAUUUAAGAUUAUGUGAAAAAGUGGAUCCGGAUAAAGUUAAUUGGUUUCUUUAUGAUUUUGAAAUUGAAAGUGAUAUUUUUAAUGAUGAAAAAUUUGUUCAAACAUUUAAAAAUGGUUUAAUUUAUAAUAUUGCAAAUAAAUAUGGUUUAGAAAUAACACAAAUAACUGUUUCAUCAGUUCAAAAAAAUGGUUUAACAUCAUUUCAAAUAAUGCCAUUUUUUGCUGAAAAUAUGGAAGAUUUUGAAAAAAAAAUGGAUCAAAUUGAUAUUGAUUUAAAUUCUCAUGAAUUUCGUUCAGUUUUACCAUCUGUUGUAAAUGUAAUUGAUAAUAAUAAUAAUGAAUAUUCAACUAAAACUAAUUUUAAUAAAUUAUGUGAAAAAUGGAGAAAUUUUACACGUAUGACUGGUAAAUCUAUGAUUUGGAUAAUCGUAUUAUUACUUAUAUCUACUGGACUUGUUAUUAUUAUUUUAUAUAUUAAUAAUCUUCGUCGACGUUUUCAAUAUGCAAAUCGUUCGGAUUCAAAAUCACCAAUAUGCGAUCCAUUAUAUCAUCAAGCACCAACAGAAGAAGAUCAUUAUCCUACUGUACAGGUUUCUGAUGGUACAUCCUAUUUUGGUAUAGGAUCUGAUGAUAAGAAAGUAUCAAACGAAAAACAAGUAUAUGUUUAA